UGUCAAUAAGUGAAAUGGAUGACUUUGUAAAUACGUAGUGUUUCUUAUGUGACGUAAAGUUUAUGCGUUUAUUUGUCAAAAUAAAUUACAAUAAUUUAAGAGUGUUUUAUUAAUAAAAUUAAAAUAUAUCAUAGGUUAUGUUAGUUUGUUUUUUGUAUUUUUUUUUGUAAUAAUUUAACUCAACAUGUUUGUACAGAAAGUGUUGCGAUUUACAAGAAAUACCAAAAUAUUGCAAAGGUCAUUUGCCCAUAGAGGUUUUCAGUUUUCACAAAAGAAAAACAAUCAUCAUACAUUUGCAACAAAGAUAUGUAUAACAUCUUCGCUCACUGCUAUGAGUAUGUGGGGUCUUACAAAAAAGAAAGGUGAUCCUGAGAAAGGUGUAACCGCAAAAGAGGUUUUAAUAACAAAGGCUGAUGCAUUGUUUGAUCAAGGACAUUACAAAGAAAUGUACCUUAUUUUAACAAAUUAUAGAGAUAGCGGAGAUGUUGAAAUUAUAUGGCGUUUGUGUAGAGCAUUAUAUAAAAUGGCUAAGUCAGCCACCGAAGUAGAAGGGAAAAAAAUGAUUUACGAAGCCUAUGAUUUAAUAGCCAAUGCUCUAAAAAUAAAAGAGGAUCAUUGGGCUGUACAUAAAUGGAUGGCUAUCAUCCUUGACAGUAAAUCCAAUUAUGAAGGCAUGAAAAUACGAAUAAAAGAAUUGUAUAACAUCAAAAAACAUAUGCUGAGAGCAAUAGAACUCAAUCCAAAGGAUGCAACAACAAUGUACAUGUUAGGUACAUGGUGUUAUCAAGUUUCAGAUCUACCAUGGUAUCAAAGAAAAAUUGCAGCUGCAAUAUUUGAAAAACCACCGAACUCCUCUUUCGAGGAAGCUCUGACAUAUUUUGAAAAUGCAGAGAAAGUCGAUCCCUAUUUCUAUAGCCAUAAUUUGUUGAUGCUUGGAAAAACUUACUUGAAAUUAAAUCAGAAAGAACAAGCAUUGAAGUAUUUAAAAAUGACCGCUGAAUAUCCCGUGAAAAACGAUGAUGAUCAUAAUGCUCAACAAGAGGCACAAAAAUUGUUGAACAGUUUACAAAAAUAGCAGGUGCUACUGCAUACAUGACACAAGUUAUUAUCGAUAAUCAAUGUCAAGUACUUUUCCAAGCAAUCAGGACAACAAUGACGGAUACACAAUAAAUCUAAGAAUUAUAUUUUAGAUAUAGAAUAUUUAUUAAGAACAGAAUGCAUUUAUUAUGUAAUACAUUCAUGGUGAUGUUUUUAUAUAACUAUACACACAUUUAUAUUUUUUAUGUAAUUUUACAAGGUAAACACUUGAAAAUGUAUUGCUCACAAGAAAAUUUCGUGCAAUAAUUGUACGAGGGUCUUAUGAGUUAUGAUGACUGCAACGAUCUUUCGUAACUUUAAGAAUACUGUGACUGUACCAUGUAUUUUAGAACACUUUGUAGUUUCAAUGUUUUUGAUACAUUUUAUAUACGUAUAAACUAUGAAAAAUAUAUACAAUAUGUUUGUA